GGAGGCUUGGCGUUGACCCUCAGAGUCACUUGCCUUCACCAUGAAGUCCAGCAGCCUAUUUCCUCUCGUGGUGCUUCUUGCCCUGGGAACCCUGGCACCUUGGGCUGUGGAAGGUUCUAAAAAUGCUGUGAAAGCUGGAGCCUGCCCUCCCAGAAGACUUGCCAAGUGCCCUAAAUUUGAGAAGCCCGAGUGCCGCAGUGACUGGCAGUGUCCAGAGAAGAAGAGAUGCUGUACUGAUGCUUGUAGCGUCAAAUGCCUGGAUCCUAUUGACAUCUCAUCAUCAGUGAAGGAGAAGCCUGGGGCCUGCCCAGUGGUCCAUGGCCGAUGCAUGAUGAUUAACCCCCCUAAUCACUGUGAGAGGGAUGGCCAGUGCCAGGAUGACUUCAAGUGCUGCAUGGGCAUGUGCGGAAAAGCCUGCGUUUCCCCCACAAAAGUCUGAUUCCUGCCGCUGGAGGAGGCUCUGGAGUCCUACACUGUGUGGCCUGGGAAUUCCCUUUCUGCCUCCCAACUUGGACCACUGGGCACUCCCUGCUGAGGGCUGGGUUCCACCACCUAUAUUCUCCCUUGGGGAAAGGCUAGGCACACAGUAGGCCUUUCAGGAAAUGCCAGUUCAUCAGCAAAUAAAUAAAUGAAGAUAUUUCUCUUGUUCA